AUAUGCAAAUAAUAAAAAAAGAAAAGGAAAGGGGAUUAUAUAGAUUCUUUCUUUGCAAGUGCACCCACCGGCAGAGAGAAACGCAGGGAAGGUGAGGAGAGCUUUAGUUGCGCGCAUUCAUAGCUUUUGUCGCCUCAGAAUCAAAAUUCCGAAAACCAUUUUUAGAAAAACCAUUUUCGAAUCCUCUUUUCUCAAUUCCAAACUUCCCCAAUCCUAUUUCAUUCUUCCAACUUCUUCACAACACAAUCACCCCAACAACAAUCCCAUCUCUCUCCCCCUCCACUGAUCGAUCACCUUCAUCAAGGUGAAGAAGGAAACCGGUCUCGUUCUUAAAGGGCAUUACACUUUUUGGGAGGGAAGAGGGAGGGUACUGGUUCGUGGAGGCUAAUUCUGCGAGCUUUGGGUCCUCUCUCCUUCUUUUAAAAUGGUAUUAAGCUGUCUUAGAAGGAUGUUGGUGGAUGCAUAGUUUGGUCGCGUUUGUUUACUUUCAAUGAGAUUGAAGAAUUGUUGUGGUGGGUUUUGAGUGAAAGGUGUGAAGCUGGCAUAAUGGGUUCUGUUUGUUGCUGCUUGAGUGUGGAUGAUUUUGAAGAUUACGUGAAUCCAAACAGUUCUGUAUAUAGGAACUGUAUAUGUCUUAGUUGCUUUAUUCAGAAUUUCAUAAAUGUGUAUACAUCACUAUUUCGAAGAGGGGAAGCACAUUCUGUCCCUUCAUCAAUUCAGGGCACAGCAUCUAUGACUUCUACAGCGUCACUUGACAACUCUCUAGCUGACAUGUAUCGUUCCCCUCCUAGACCCUUGCCUUAUGACGCUGAUCCAAGAUACUUCCGCUUGCAGCGGGAUGGACUGAUUUCAAGGCGUGAUAAAGGCUCAAGUCAUUCACAUGAAGAGGCGGAACCCCUGAGAAGUGAUACUGAUGCAGAUUCAGAAUCUCUGAGUACAGCAGACAAAUGGAGUGAAUCUGUUUGUGAUGAUGGGUCAAAAGAACACCGUUCAAAGUCCUCCAACUCCCUGAAGCUCUCAGUGACUAAACCUACAACUGGGGUUGGGAAUAUAUAUACAUCUUCAGAAGAGGAGGAUGUCUGUCCUACUUGUCUUGAAGAAUAUACUCCAGAAAACCCUAAAAUAAUGACAAAAUGCUCUCAUCAUUUUCACCUUGGUUGUAUCUAUGAGUGGAUGGAGAGAAGUGAAAGCUGUCCCGUUUGUGGCAAGGUGAUGGUAUUCAAUGAAACGCCUUAAAUCUUGGUCGAAAAAUUUAAGUCGUGGAUGGAGUCUUGCAACAUCAGGAGGAGAAACAACACCAAAAUAUAAUCUUGUUACUGUGAAUAGUCCAUGUUAAACAGUGUGAUGUAUGGUACAUAUAAACUAUAAAUAUUUUUUUUUCCACAACGAUUGCUGCAAGUAACAUUUGAUUUC